AUGAAUACCGUUCUGUUGGAGGCCAGGCCGUACCGGCCGUUCAAGUCGAGCGAGGAGUACCUGUACGCGAUGCGCGAGGACCUGGCAGAGUGGCUCAACACGAUGUAUCCGGAGUUGCGCAUUAACGUGGAAAAUUUUAUGGAUCGCCUGGAUACGGGCGUUGCACUAUGCAAGCAUGCCAACAACGUGCGAGUGGCCGCAGAGCAGUACGUCGCCCGGCGGAUGGCACGCAACAAAUCCAUGACGAAAUCGGUCACGUCCGGGCUGGCCGGACCGAUCCUGAGCAUGGGCAACGUGCACUUUCUGGCCGCGGCCAAGAGCGGCACCUUCUUCUCGCGGGACAACGUCUCCAACUUCAUCACAUGGUGCAGGAAAAGCCUACAAAUCCUCGAAUGUUUGCUGUUCGAAACGGACGACUUGAUAAUGCGCAAGAACGAAAAACACGUCAUCCUUUGCCUGCUGGAGGUCGCGCGACGUGGUGCUAAGUUCGGUAUGCUGGCGCCCAUGCUCGUCCAGAUGGAGCGUCAGAUUGAUCGGGAAAUAGCCGCAGACAAUCGAGCGAACGCAGGUGUUGGCUGCGGAACACAGACGGAAGACGGUGGUAACGGCAAUGGAGGCGCAGGCAUCUCGACCGGCACGGAAACCGAGCUGUAUGAUAGUGACAGUGAGGAGGAAGACCACGAGGUGGAGUCUCCGAUGUUGAUGUACGGCCCACAGCCACAGAUCGUCACCAACGACCUGAAGAGCCUGGACGAAAUGGUUCGUGAUCUAGUGGAAAAAUGCACCUGCCCGUCGCAGUUCCCGAUGGUGCGCGUCUCGGAGGGCAAGUACCGAAUCGGCGAUACCAAAGUGCUUAUUUUUGUACGGAUCCUACGAUCACACGUGAUGGUCCGUGUCGGUGGCGGUUGGGACACACUCGCACACUAUCUUGACAAGCAUGAUCCAUGUCGCUGCCGAUCCCAGCAUCGCUCGUCCGCCUCGGCCCGGUUGAUCACCAAGACCAACAACACGAACGGCAUCGAGUUGCACAAAGCCCAGGUCCACUAUGACCGUUCGGGCUCACCCUGGAAGUCGAACGCUCCGACCAGCCAAAAUGCAUCACCAAUUAACAGUGCCGGUGGUGGCAGCAACAGCAACACACUGUCUCCUCCAUCGCGUGCCAGAAGUCGCAGCCGUAGCCCGAGUGCUCAGCGACGUCUGCCAACGGAAGGCGUGGACAAACUACAGCCGCCAGGAUCCCCGCUUAAAACGUCACGACGUUCCGUAUCUCCUAGCCCACGGCGAAUCCUUGAGAAUGGAACCACCGCAGUUAGCAAGCGAAAACCAGCCGGCUCUCAGGCCACCGGAGCUGCGGUUCACUUUGAAUGUGAUAAAGAAGCUGUAGUACCAGUUGCUCCGACCACGGCGACGAUCCUGCCGGCGGAGGACGAUAAGAAUCGCUACGAGAGCGUCAGCGACAAUGGCAGCGAGAUCAGUGACGAAGGCUACCGCAGUUUGGGGUUGGUGCAAGGCGGCCAAAGUACCGGAACGGUCACAGGAACCGCCAGCGGCCAGAGAAAGGGAUUCGGACAUAGUCGACAUUCGAGCGAAGAUGCAGAUACGAACGCGCAUCUCGACACGACAACAUCCGACUCACCGGCCAGCGCGACGGAAGACGAGAACUCUUCGAAAACGAACGACGAAGAGCUAACGCCAACCUCGGAUGAGCUGGGAACGGGCCCCGGUACACAGCAUGACUCGCUGAUCGACUGUCCUGAUGGGGCCAUCUCAACCGGGCCCGCAUCUGGCUCGUUCGAAAGCUACGGCGUGUUUGUGAACGACGACGAGAUCACGGUGGACAUCGCGAAUGCGACCGGUUUGCGCAAGACGGGCUUUUCCGAUCGCAUCCUGGACCGUGCCGGUGCGGCCGCGCCGGGCGCCGCUGGUGGUGUUGGAUCGCGCAUUCCACGGUCUCCGGUAGGACCGCGCCGCAAGGAAAGCGCCGAAAGUACCGCCAGCGCCACGGUUACCGACGAUUUGGCGGCUGCGGCCGGAGGCCUAUCCGGGCUCCGUAAGCCGUCUGCCGCCAAAUCGGGCACGCGCAAACCGGCUGCACUCGCGGGUACCACGAUGGUACCGGAACCGCCGGCAAAGGACACCAACACCUGGAGCGGUCGGUCGACGAAGAAGCGACCCUCGUUGACUGCGCAAACGUUCAGCUCGGGAGCUAGAGGCACGGGUGCGUCGUCCAGCUCAGGAGUCCAGCCAGCCCCGGCAGGACCGUUUUCGCGGAACUCCCCGGUGCGGGCGUCUCUCGCGGCGGAACGCACGAUGACGGGUCGGAAUCGCGCAGGAUCGGUGGCUAAGGGAACUACCGGCUCUGCAUGCACCUCUACCAACACGUCACCUAGCAAAGGCACGACCGAUGCGGUGACUUUCUUGUUGCAGCAAAUCAAAGACACGCUCGAUUCCGGCACAACCGACACCCAGAUCGUUGAGCGUGUUCGACGCCUGGUGUCGCAAACAAGCGUCCCGGACGAACUGGUGGACGACUUCACUACCGCCUGGGUGCACUCAAACGGGAAUCUCGAUCGAUCAAAGGUGCCACUGACGACGGGCGGUCCCGGCUCGUCUCCCUCGAAACCACCAUCAACGCUGUCCAAACGGGCAAGCACCCUCUCCAACGCAUCCGACAACACCCAAUCGAACUGUCGCGAUCUAGCGUCGGUCGUUUCACCUCGGCGCCUCGACAAGGGCCUGUCGAAGAUACCGGCUCCGGUUCGUUCCAAUACCGGCUUGUACUGACGAUACGGCGCAGGACCGAUCGGAUGAGAUCCCGUGCUAAAAUAGCCAUACGUCCAGCGAGCCGGCUCCUGUUCGUUGCGAAAACGAAAUGUUGUAGGCCUUUUAAACCAAGAGUUGAAUCGUGCAGCAUUUCGGUGCAAGUGCUGCACAUGCUGAGCGGUUCCGUUAGAGAUUCGUUGCCCAAGAUUGGUGUUUCUCAACGGUAAAAAACACACGACUCUAUGCUAUUGCGCUAUUGAUUACUUUGCCCUUGCGUUGUCGUGCAUCGUCGUCCAUAAAACGACCAAACGCGGCGUCGCUUUGUUUUGUGGCAUAUUAACUGUUUUUUUUCUUCGUUGAAUUCAUAUCAGAACCGUGAUAGGGAUGAAAUACCACACGGAACCUAUUAGCGUCGGUACUGAAUGUUUGUGUAGCAGCAUAGUUAAAGAGAAAUGAGGCGUUAUCAUUCCUGGAGCAUAACUACACACCCGUAGCCCUGACCCCGCAAAAUGUGCGUGAUUGUGUGUCGUUCAAAGCGGUUCUUUAAUUCCCCUUGUUAUUGUGCUUAGGAUUGUUUUGUAGUUUAAACAUGAACACAGCUAUAUACACCUACAGUGUAUCGAAAUCUACUAUUAUGCGCUUCCAGCUCGCAUACUCGCGCGAACGUUCCUUGCCGCGACGGUUACCAGCGUUGCACGUGUGUAAUACCGUGUUUCGGCAAAUGGAGCGAGCAAAACUGUUGCGAUUCCACCAACUAUAUAACCAAUUUUCAGUAUAUGCUUUUCUGAUGGAAUCUAAAAAAUGAAAAAUGUUGAAAGUGUAUGACCUACAGAAGGGGGCGAAUACGAAUGGGCGAAGCACUGCUACGAAGGAACCUUGAAUGACUGACUUGUUUUUUUUUUACCGAGAUAGAAUAAGGAUGGGCAAGAAAAGCAGUAUAUGUACCCGGUUAUAGAACGUAGUGCAAGCGCGCACGCAGGACUCAAGGAUCGAUGUUUGCAAAAACGGCGCCAAAAUAAGACAUGUUUUGUGGAACGAAGCAAAUGCAAGUCUAUCCUUCUUCCCUCUGCCUGACAAAUGUCGCAUUUUUUAAUGAUAGCACAUUUCCAAUUUCCAAGACUAGCUCUAGCUGGCCUACCGCCAACGAUCGUUGGUUCAUUUUGCCUACGCCAGAGAAAUGCCGUGCCCACAAGUACAGAACAGAGCAACAAAUUUGAAAUUAAACAGUACGAAGAUAAACGACGUCCAAUAGCAGCAGUAGGAAGAAAUUACUAACAUAACGAUUGCUGUCUAAAUUAAAUUAAGAUCUUCAGAAAUUUUCAACCCCCAGUAAUCCGUAGGCUAUAACAGCGAUACUAAAACAACCACAAAAAGGAAAGCUUGUCCUUGACAGCUAGCAAACUAUAAAAUUCACCGAAUGUGAUGAGAGAAGAGAAAAUUAAGCAUAAGCCGAAUCGUGAGACAUUAUGCAUAAUCAAAGAGUGCUGUGCAAUAAAUACGCACUAAUGUUGAGUUUGGUGGACUUAACGUAGCGCCGUCAGAAUGACGUUUUACAAUUAAAACAAAAAAAGUUACUAACAAAUUGCAAUUCUUAAAAAACAAAUCAAAAUUUACGCUGGCAAAAAACAUGAAAUGAUAAACCCUAGCAUGUAGGCAUUGUUUAAAACUUUCUUUUUGCUGUUU